UGUCAGAGCAGCGGGCGGCGUGAGAGUGCUCGGGGCUGGACUCCCCUCAGCCACCGCGGCAGGCACAGCAGGUACCGGUGACCCCGGCUGGGGAAGGCUCCGAGCGCGCGGCAACAUGGCUUCCCCGCCCCACCAGCAGCUGCUGCAGCACCACAGCACCGAGGUGAGUUGUGACUCCAGCGGAGACAGCAACAGCGUGAGGGUCAAAAUCAACCCCAAGCAGCUAUCGUCCAUCAGCCACCCCAAACACUGCAAGUACAGCAUCUCUUCCAGCUGUAGCAGCUCCGGCGACUCAGGCGGGGUUCCCCGGAGAGUGGGCGCUGGAGGCCGCCUGCGCAGGCAGAAGAAACUGCCCCAGCUGUUCGAGAGGGCCUCCAGCCGGUGGUGGGACCCCAAAUUCGACUCGGUGAACCUGGAGGAGGCUUGCCUUGAGCGCUGCUUCCCGCAGACCCAGCGCCGCUUCCGGUACGCUCUCUUCUACAUUGGCUUCGCCUGCCUGCUCUGGAGCAUCUAUUUUGGGGUCCACAUGAGAUCCAAACUGAUUGUCAUGGCAGUCCCUGCUCUGUGCUUCCUCGUGGUGUGUGUGGGCUUUUUCCUGUUUACCUUCACCAAACUGUAUGCCCGACAUUACGUGGGGACCUCGCUGGUUCUCACCCUCCUGGUAUUCGCCCUGACCCUGGCUGCCCAGUUUCAGGUUCUGACGCCUCUCUCAGGACGUGUUGACAGCUCCAAUCAUACUCUCACAGCCAAGCCCACAGACACUUGCUUAUCUCAAGUGGGGAGCUUUUCCAUGUGCAUCGAAGUGCUCUUUUUGCUCUACACCGUCAUGCACUUACCUUUGUACUUGAGCUUGUUUUUGGGAGUGUCUUAUUCUGUUCUUUUUGAGACCUUUGGCUAUCAUUUCCAAGGUGAAGACUGCUUCCCCUCACCUGAAACAGGGCCUCCGCACUGGGAGCUGUUGAGCCGAGCCCUGCUCCACGUCUGUAUUCAUGCCAUUGGGAUCCACCUAUUCAUCAUGUCCCAGGUGAGAUCCAGGAGCACCUUUCUCAAGGUAGGACAGUCCAUUAUGCAUGGAAAGGAUCUGGAAGUGGAAAAAGCCCUGAAAGAAAGGAUGAUUCAUUCUGUGAUGCCAAGAAUCAUAGCUGAUGACUUGAUGAAACAGGGGGAUGAGGAGAGCGAGAAUUCUGUGAAAAGGCACGCCACCUCCAGCCCCAAGAACAGGAAGAAAAAAUCUUCCAUACAGAAAGCCCCUAUAGCAUUCCGCCCGUUUAAGAUGCAGCAGAUUGAAGAGGUCAGUAUUUUAUUUGCAGACAUCGUAGGCUUCACUAAGAUGAGUGCCAACAAGUCUGCUCAUGCCCUGGUGGGUCUCCUCAAUGAUCUGUUCGGUCGCUUCGACCGGUUGUGUGAAGAGACCAAGUGUGAGAAAAUCAGCACCCUGGGAGACUGCUACUACUGCGUGGCAGGGUGCCCUGAGCCCCGGGCCGACCAUGCCUACUGCUGCAUCGAAAUGGGCUUGGGCAUGAUAAGAGCCAUCGAGCACUUCUGCCAGGAGAAGAAAGAGAUGGUGAACAUGCGUGUUGGGGUUCACACAGGGACUGUCUUGUGCGGCAUCUUGGGCAUGAGGAGGUUCAAAUUCGAUGUGUGGUCCAAUGAUGUGAACCUGGCCAAUCUCAUGGAGCAGCUGGGAGUGGCUGGCAAGGUUCACAUUUCUGAGGCCACUGCAAAAUACCUAGAUGAUCGGUACGAAAUGGAAGAUGGGAGAGUUACUGAACGCCUCGGCCAGAGCGUUGUUGUUGACCAGUUGAAAGGUUUGAAGACAUACCUGAUAGCGGGUCAGAGAGCGAAGGAGUCUCAUUGCAGCUGUUCAGAGGCCUUGCUUUCGGGCUUUGAGGUCAUUGACGGCUCACGGGUGUCCUCAGGCCCUAGGGGACAGGGGACAGCAUCGCCAGGGAGUGUCAGUGACUUGGCGCAGACUGUCAAAACCUUUGAUAAUCUUAAGACCUGCCCUUCGUGCGGAAUCACUUUUGCUCCCAAAUCGGAAGGUGGCACAGGAGGAGGAGCAGUGCAAAACGGCUGUCAGGAGGAGCAUAAAAAUAACACCAAGGCUUCUGGAGGACCUAAUUCUAAAACGCAAAACGGACUUCUGAGCCCACCCCAAGAGGAGAAGCUCACCAAUAGCCAGACCUCCCUGUGUGAGAUUCUACAGGAAAAGGGAAGGUGGGCAGGUGUCAGCUUGGACCAGUCUGCUCUCCUUCCACUGAGGUUCAAGAACAUCCGGGAGAAAACAGAUGCCCACUUUGUCGAUGUUAUCAAAGAAGACAGCCUGAUGAAAGAUUAUUUUUUUAAGCCACCCAUUAAUCAGUUCAGCUUGAACUUCUUGGAUCAGGAGCUUGAGCAAGCCUACAGGACCAGUUAUCAAGAAGAGGUUAUGAAGAAUUCCCCUGUGAAGACUUUUGCCAGUGCCACCUUCAGCUCCCUCUUGGAUGUGUUUCUGUCAACAACAGUGUUUCUGAUUCUCUCCAUCACCUGCUUCCUGAAGUACAGGGCUGCCACCACGCCUCCCCCGCCUGCCGCACUGGCAGUCUUCGGUGCCGCCCUGCUGCUGGAGGUGCUGUCCCUCGUGGUGUCUGUCAGGAUGGUAUUUUUCCUGGAGGAUGUGAUGGCUUGUACCAAGCACCUGCUGGAGUGGAUAGCCGGCUGGCUCCCACGCCACUUCAUUGGGGCCAUCCUGGUGUCUCUCCCCGCUCUCGCGGUUUAUUCACAUGUCACUUCGGAAUUUGAGACAAACAUACAUUUCACAGUGUUCACGGGCUCAGCCAUCCUGAUCGCCGUUGUGCACUACUGUAACUUCUGCCAGCUCAGCUCCUGGAUGCGGUCCUCCUUAGCUACUGUCGUCGGGGCUGGGCCCCUCCUUCUGCUCUACAUCUCCCUGUGCCCGGACAGUUCUAUACUAGAGUCACACCUUGAUGCAGUACAGAAUUUCAGUUCCGAGAGGAAUCCCUGCAAUAGUUCAUUGCCACAUGACAGCAGGAGACCAGCCAGCCUGAUUGGCCAGGAGGUGAUUCUUGUCUUCUUUCUCCUACUCUUGUUGGUCUGGUUCCUGAAUCGAGAAUUCGAAGUCAGCUACCGCCUUCACUACCACGGGGACGUGGAGGCGGACCUUCACCGCACCAAAAUCCAGAGCAUGAGGGACCAAGCCGACUGGCUGCUGAGGAACAUCAUCCCCUACCAUGUGGCUGAACAGCUGAAGGUUUCUCAGACCUACUCCAAGAACCAUGACAGCGGGGGAGUCAUCUUUGCCAGCAUUGUCAACUUCAGCGAGUUCUACGAGGAAAACUACGAGGGGGGCAAGGAGUGCUACCGGGUCCUCAACGAGCUGAUCGGGGACUUCGAUGAGCUCCUGAGCAAGCCAGACUACAGCAGCAUUGAGAAGAUCAAGACCAUCGGGGCCACGUACAUGGCCGCAUCAGGGCUGAACGCCACACAGUGCCAGGACGGCAGCCACCCGCAGGAGCACCUGCAGAUCUUGUUUGAGUUUGCCAAGGAGAUGAUGCGCGUGGUGGACGAUUUCAACAACAACAUGUUGUGGUUCAACUUCAAGCUCAGAGUCGGCUUCAACCAUGGGCCCCUGACAGCAGGGGUCAUCGGAACCACCAAGCUACUAUAUGACAUCUGGGGAGACACCGUCAACAUCGCCAGCAGGAUGGACACCACGGGGGUGGAGUGCCGCAUCCAGGUGAGUGAAGAGAGCUACCGCGUCCUCAGCAAGAUGGGCUACGACUUUGACUACAGGGGCACGGUGAACGUCAAAGGCAAAGGUCAGAUGAAGACCUACCUUUACCCAAAGUGCACGGACAAUGGGGUCGUGCCGCAGCACCAGCUGUCCAUCUCCCCAGACAUCCGAGUCCAGGUGGACGGCAGCAUCGGACGGUCUCCCACGGACGAGAUUGCCAACCUGGUGCCUUCCGUACAGAACUCGGACAAGACGUCUCUGGGUUCUGAGAAUAACACGCAAGCCAAGGACUGUCACCUGUCUUCAAAGAGACCCUGGAAAGAGCCUGUCAAAGCCGAAGAAAGGUGUCGAUUUGGCAAAGCCAUAGAGAAAAGCGACUGUGAAGAAAUGGGGAUGGAAGAAGCCAAUGAACUCACCAAGCUCAAUGUCUCAAAGAGUGUGUGACGCAGCGUCUGAACGCUGCUCGCUGCGGUGCUCUGUUCGUCGAAAUACAAUAAUAUUUGUCUUGGCUGUUGUGCGUUCCAAGCACCACAGUUUCCGUCCCUGGACGUGGUGUCAUGUGGUCAUCGCAGCCCUAACUUCUGUGUGGAUCACAGUUAUUCAGGGUUCACUUCCAUCCAUUUCUUUCCUUUUUCUCCCCCUGGAACCUUCUCCCCUUGGUAUAACCGUUCAGCAGCAUGGAGAACAAGUGCCUUCAGGGCUGGCAUGGCUUCGGAGUCUAGGGACAGAGGCCGCAGGUGGAGAUUGUGGCAUUGGUGGUGUUGGACUUUAAAACAAAAGCUGUGGUUAAGAUAUCAUUUUUAUUGCUUUUUCUCACAAGACACUUUUUCUUUUUUUUUUUUUUUGCUAAUACAAUGUUUUUGAGGUUUGUUUUUUUCUAUAUACAUAAUAGUGUUUUCCAGUGACCUGAGCUUUCUAUGUAAACAUAUACACGCACACACACUUGCAUUUAUGAAUCUGAGAUUAAGUGCCAGUAACUCCCUGAGAGGAGGUGUCGGGGGAGGGGGUGUGGGCUGAGAACAGCAGUCAGCCGGCAACCAGGAUGGCCCAGCACCCCUCCCUCCCUGCGGCUUCCGGAGCACCUGGGCCCUUGUGGGCUGUGGGUGCCCCGCUCCCCACACCUCCACACACAGGCCAGAAUUCCAGAUGCUAACCGAUAGCCAAGUUUGUGAACCCAGGCCUCAGGUAUUUAAAAGCUCUUUUCGUUCUGCCCCCAUGGUGAGAGGUCUUCCAGCUGAGAGUGAAGGUGUUUGUCUUGGAGGCCGACUCAUCUGAGGGGGAAAUGAAAAUAAAUGGCCGAGGGUUGCAUUUAUUUAUUUAUUUAUUUAUCAGGAAACGUGUGUGUUUCAGGGAAGGGGCGCCAGGUCAGUCUGGUGAAGGGAAAUAGGCUCGGGGGUGCCGCAGAGGGCACACAGCAGAAGAUGAGAACAUAUUUGUUAGUGCUUUAGCCACUUUGGGUCACCUCCCCCACAAGAGGCCAAGCAGGACCCUACGGAGCACUGCCAGCUCUCAGGGUCCGAGAAGCUCUCCACCACCGUUUUUUAAAUGAACACCGCUUCUUCUGCCCUGCGUGCCACCGUGGGAAUCGGAUUAGAACCCACCCGGCUGGGUGUGAAGCAGAAGGUCCAGGCAGAGCUAAAGGGUGGCAGGUAGUGCCGGCUCGGUCCUGGCCGCCACACAUUCGAGAAGUGUCUCCAUCACUCCCAUUCUCAGCAUGCACAGGGCCUGUCUGUGACAGAAUCGGGCCUGGUGAGUGAAUGCCAGCCCUCUUUAGAUGGAGUUCUUGCACUGUAUGUGGGGACAGAAUCAUCUGGAUGCAAAUGAGGUGUUGAACCAGGGGUAGUAUGGGAACCCUAGGAAACUCACUUCUGUGCUACUUGUUGCCAAUCCUGCUUAUAAUUACGUUUUGCCACGUGGAGUCUGAAGUUUAUGUAGAACUGGACUCAGGCUAGAGUUGCCCUGUCUAAAUAGUAAUUUUUAAGAUGACACUGACAUACAGCUCAUGGGAUAAUUCAAGGACUAGCUCCUUCUCUGAUUAAGGUCUUCACCGAUGUGCCCUGUGCAUUCGCUUUUGACUGGUAAACCUGUGUGUAACUUUCACAUCUGCGUUAAGUCCCGCUAUCACUCCUCCUUAAAUACAGAAUCUGCCACUUCUGGCAUCACAAAACAUUGAUUCUGAUCAGCCAUCUCCCCAGGGGACAUGCAUGGGAUGACCACCCAGCUGUGCAGCCAUAGCCAGGAUCUCGACAGCCUGGGGAAUUGAGAGCAUUCUCAGUAACUAAGAUUUUUCUUCAGGUUUUACUGUCACUUCGUUGUUCUUCCAAUGCCGGAAAAAGGAUAGUUGUGACAAUACCUCUUGCUUCUAAAGAAUGUAUUCUUAUACUGCAGAAUUUUUAUUUUUUCUUAAAAACACUACCUGAUGCUCUCCUUGUCCGUAGGGAUUGUGGGUGCAUUCGGGGUUUCUUCCAUCAGUAUUAAGGCGUGUGUUUUGAGUGUGGCCCUGUCCCUUUGCCUUCUUGCCCCAGGCUCUAGCUUCGGUGGGACCUGAGGGGCUGGGCAGUUGCCUAUGAGUUACCGAUGUCUCUCUCUGCUCUUCUGCUCAGAACGUGUUCUACAAAGCUCAUCUCUGCACACACUUCCUCCCUGUCAAACUCUUUUUAUUUUUCCUUCCCUGCCUAAAAAGGUGUUUAGGAUUCCUGACCCUGGGAACCCAAGAAGCUGCAAACCGCAGGGAGAGAAUCAUACCAUCUGGUGGUCUGGUUCAGCAUUGUGCAAACUGGAGCCUUUGACAGACGGCUCACCUAGAGUUCAAAGUUGUCUUUACAAAAUGUCCUGAGCCUUCCUAAAUAACCAGUCCAGAUGUGCUCUCUGGUCCUUCCCAGUUCCCCGCUCUGAAGUAUACCUCAACGCAGAACCGCAGAAUCUCUGCAACGGAAAUGCUGUGCGUCUCAUCCGAUUGGUGUUGAACAGAUAGUUGCCGAAGACAGAUGGGUUUCUAAGCAGCGGGUUCAAGCGCUGCUGAUGCGACGGAUGCAUUCUUCAGAGUGGCAAUACCUCUUCUGAACUUAGGGCAGGAAGCAAUACUUCAGAAUUGAAUGUGUGUAAAUAGUUGCUUUGAGUUGCAAUUGCUAUUUUCUUGGCCCCAGGUCAGAUCAAAUUAUAUAUAUGUACAAACAAGCACAUAAUUUUAUCCAAUGCAAACAAAUGUAGAGCAUCAGUUAUGAAACCCUUAAGUAGCUUGAAGAGUCGCACAGAUUAUGCAACACCUGCACACGACUCCAUUAACACUGACUUCACUUGUGGAGACGACACCUGCACAUUUGCACAUGACAUUGAGAGCCAAAGGGCCGCGUGCUUCCCAUUACAUGGGCUGUAAUAAUUUGUAGUUUCCAAAGAUCUGUCUGCGUUUGCAUUUUUAGAAUUCUGAGGAAAGCAUUUUUUGGUUGGUUGUUACGGAAAAAAUCACAUCAUGCCUAGAAUCUGAAAUUAAAUUAGCAAGAACCAAC